GGACGUUGCUGCAGCUUAACUGAAGCCAUCCAAAGUUGAAACACACAAUGCUUCAGGUGUGUCUAAACAGUAAAACGGAAACAUCAUUUUUGAAGAGGUGAAAUGGUCGUACCCACAACUACAAAAAACGUUUAUGACUCCUCGAGGUUUGUAAGUUCUUUGAUUGUUUAGUUUUCAUCAAAAAAGAAAGCACUCUUGUUGAAAGUGGUUUUACACAAGCAUUCGUGUUGGUGGUAGGGGUAGUGGAGUCCAAGACACCAGAGAUUCAAGAUUGUCUCCAGAUGUGUUGUUCCUGCACAACUGGCAUAUUUAAUCUGCCUGCCCUGCAGCUGCUUCACUUCAAACGAGGGCAAGGAGGACAUGCAUGGCCCAGGUGCCUUCGUUGCAGCUGCGAUAAGGUAUGCCUUUCUGAUUGCUUUGCCAUUCCUGCUAUUCUCAGCUGUGUUCUCGAUAAGAACUGUUCAGCGCUUGCCGGGUGAUGAGGCUGCAAGGCUGAUUUUUCGGUAUUGGAAAGAUGCUCUCCCGCAGUCCAAGGACUUGCCAGAGAAGUUUCGAGGUGUCUUUUGGAUGAGCACUGAUCCCUCACCUGAACUGUGCACCAACUUUGAAGCUGCGUCCUUCGAUGCUGCUUCACGGACUAUGAAGCUUUUCCCGGGGGCACCAUAUACCUGGGUGUGGUGCGAUAGCUACAUGGGGUGGGCAUUCUACUUGUUCUUCACCUUCAUCAAUCCCAUUUAUACGUUGCAAGUGCGCUGGGAUGAGGCAUACCGCAAAGCAUACCUGCCCAGCAUUUUGUUUGGAUGUUUCAACGUCGAUUGGAUGACCUGCUCCGCUAUGUACAUAGAACAGCUGGAUGAUGAAGGAAACGAGUGGGCAAGGACAAGCUAUGUCUUUGGACAAACAUUCAAGCACGGCUCCUACACGUUGAAGAAGGUGAUUGACAAAGACGGCGGUGAGCUGCCUGCCUUCGAUGACAUGGUUCUGUCUCUCAAGGAAAAGAGGGAAGUCCAAGGCUACAUCAAACCGUGGGGUCAAUUGGUGCGCGGCAACGUGUUUCACUCCUGAACCCUUUGGGACGCCAGG